AUGGCCAACUCCUCCACGUCCAUAGCAGAAUUUGUUCUACACUGUGCAGUUGCCUUGGAGCAGAAGAGCCUUAUCAUCGCUGUUGUAUCUUUCAUCUACAUUACCACCUUUUUGGGGAACACGCUGGUCAUUCUGGUCAUCAUAUCCAACCAUCAACUCCAAACUCCAAUGUUUUUCUACAUCGGUGCCCUGGCAGCCAUCGACUUAGUGACUUGCAACACUCUCAUCCCCAGAAUGCUCACUGUUAUGAUAUUCAACUUCUUCCCUGUGCCGUAUGGAGCCUGCAUACUGCAGAUCUUUGUGGCAUCCCAUUUGCAGGCAUUGCUGACCCUUCAUUUAUCUUUAAUGGCAGUUGACCGCUACGUAGCUGUUGUCCAUCCACUGCAAUACCCAGCACUUGUUACAAACAAGACUGUGUUAACUGGUUUUGUAAUAUCCAACCUUAUCGGUGCAGCGAUUAUAAUACCACUGACAAUUUUUGCCACUGAGUUGCAUUUUUGUCAGACUAAUGUCCUGCCAUAUUGUAUCUGUGAUUUUGCCACAAUGGUUCAUAUUUCUUGUACAGACGAUCCAAAGUACUUAGCAUAUGUGUCAUCCUGCAGCUUUGUGCUUGGUGUUGGACCCUUGGUGCUGAUUCUGUCAUCCUACAGUAGGAUUGUUCAAGAGGCACUGCAGAUCUCUUCUGUAGAGGGUAAGAAAAAAGUAUUUAGCACUUGUGUGACUCAUCUGCUGGUGGUGGGGACAUUCUACAUUCCAAUUUUAUUGUCUUAUACGUUGCCGGGACUUGGGAUACCACUGUCAACUGAAAUCUACAACACAAUGGACAUGAUUGGAAACAUAAUCCCUCCCAUGAUGAAUCCCAUUAUCUACAGCUUUAGAAACAAUGAGAUCAAAAGUGGCAUUUAUAAACUGUUCAAAGCUAUGAAAAUGUCUCCUGACGUUGGCCGAACUGAAAAAACUCAGAAUUAA